GAGUCUCUCCUCUCUCUCUCUGUCUCCCUCGCUCCUCAUGAUCGAAUUUUUUUAUAUUUAUAAAUGGUAUGUGAUAGUUACAGAUACACGUUAAACGUGUGUAUGUAUAAUCUAUCUAUUUUGAUGGAGACAAUAACCAUUAGAAUCUGACCUAUGGAUCUCAUUUCCUCUUGAGAUACUUUUCUCUCUCUCUCUCUCUCUCAUUUUUUUCCGUCUCCCAGAUCUGCUUACCAUUGGAAAGCUUCAAUCUAUUUGUUACAGGGACGAACGAACCACAGAAUAAAAGAGUUCGAUCGCCGACCAAGGCGCCAUGUACUUCUUUGGUUUGUCCAAAGAGGAAGUAUUAUCACAGAAACAUGUUGCAUCACAUAAAGAGACUUUAAAGCAGAAUCCAAUGAGUACAGUUACUCUGUUUGGGAGACAGGUGUUUCCGGUGAAAAGCCCACCUAAGCUGCUGAUGAGAGAUAUGGAUCUUCGUCUUCCUCCUGCAGAUCACUACGCUAAUUAUAAUAAUACCACUGUAGAGAUGGGAUUUCGUUCAGCGUUUGAAGCUAAAGAACCAGCAUUAGCCACAACUUGGAGUGGCAAGAGAGACCCAAAUAUUGUUAUUGAUCUUGAGGAGCCUCCCACAACAGAGCAUGCAGAUUCUAUUAGCUACGAACCGUUAUUCUUGGCUGAUGGGAUCAGCUCAAACAUAGUGAAUAUGGAGUCAGGUUUACUGGAUCUUAACAGAACCCCACCGGAUGAUCAGUCUGUCUCCGAGCCUCAUUACUCUUUCCUACAAGACCUGAACUGUCCAUACAUCGAAGAGACAGAAACUAGCUGCGAGAAGAGCGGAGUAGAUGAUGAUCCUAUUACGCCUCUUUGCUCUUCUAAAUGCCAAAGCGUCCAUGAAAAAGAGGGUACAGCAUCUCCAGCUUCAUAUACUUCUUGCUGCACCACUGAAAACAACUUAAGAACUCGAGCACUGGAUGCUUCUUGCCGUACACGGCUUGAGUUUCCUACUACGGAAGUCUUACCGGAGAACGAACGUUGUAACGAGGAGGAAGAGUUCUCUGAAGCUAUUCAAACGGCAGCUGAAUCAUUAGUCCACAUAUCAGCAGUUUCACGUCAAGAGAGAACCAAUAGCUCAUCUCAAGAUCAAGAUUUGGAUUGUUGUUCCUGCGAUUCAUAUGAGCUACACACAUUAGGUAUAAGUGAAACCAACACUGAAGAAGACUUCUGUGUGUCAUCAAGGGCUCUAGAUGAGCUUAAUAACUUGACAAGAGAUAACAACAAAGAGAUUGGACUGAGGCUGAGAAGAGGGAGGAGAAUGAAGAACUUCCAAAAGGAGAUACUCCCGAGCUUAACGUCGCUCUCAAGGCACGAGAUACGCGAAGACAUUAACAUCUUGGAAGCAGUUUUGAGAUCAAGAGAGUACAAGAAGAUGCAGGGGAAAACUAAAGAUGUCAAAGUAGGAGCAAAUCAUAGAAACAAACGUUCAGUAUCACAGAGGUACGUUGGUAAAAGAAGGCGAAAACAUGAAUGAUCGCUUCAUCGUUGUAAUCUUUUAAAAGUCUAUGUUGUUCAAUUCUUUUUUAUUUAGCUUAUGACAUUAAAGAUAGUGAGCUGAGCACAUUCUGUUUCUCAUUCUCUCUCAAAAUGUUGCUUAUAGUUGCUACUGGUGUCAUACC